AUGGUCUGUUUAGAGGUGCAUAGCUCAGGAGGAAGUAGAGGAAUACUCGAGCAUUGUCACGGAUCGAGCUACGGAGGUCACUUUGCGACUUUCAAAACGCUUCCAAGGUUCUUCAAGCCGGAUUCUGGUGGCCAAGCCUUUUCAAAGACACUCACGACUUCAUUGCAAGGUAUACAUCCUGUGGCGGUUGACUAUGUGUCCAAGUGGGUCGAGGCAAUCGCUUCCCCAACGAACGAUGCCAAGGUUGUGCUCAAGCUGUUCAAAAGCAUCAUCUUCCCGAGAUAUGGAGUGCCAAGGGUUGUAAUAAGCGAUGGAGGAAGCCACUUUAUCAACAAAGUCUUCGAGAACUUGCUGAAGAAGUAUGGAGUCAAGCAUAAGGUAGCGACACCAUACCAUCCUCAGACAAGUGGUCAAGUGGAAGUGUCGAACAAGCAGAUAAAGGGGAUCCUCAGGACGAUUGUGGGAGUCACCAAGAAGGACUGGGCAGUUAAGUUGGACGACGCUCUCUGGGCUUACAGGACCGCCUAUAAGACGCCAAUAGGAAGGACGCCUUUCUCGCUCCUUUACGGGAAAUCGUGUCACCUUCCGGUGGAGAUUGAGUACAGAGCACUUGGGCAAUCAAACUGCUCAACUUCGACAUCAGAACGGACUAAGGCAUUUCACGACAAGAAAAUUGUGCCUAAGUCUUCAAGGUUGGAGAAUAUGCGCUGCUUUUCAACUCGAGAGCUAAGUUGUUCCCUGGGAAGCUCAAGUCCAAGUGGUCGGGCCCGUUUGAGAUUAAGGAACGUCCUUCCUUAUGGAGCUGUCACUUUGCUUAACCAGAAUGGCGAGGAGUUCACGGUGAAUGGCCACAAGCUCAAACCGUAUUUGGGCCAACGCAUUCAAGGAGAAGGAGUCUCAACUCCUCUUCCGGACGCCCCUUAG